CUGCAGUUGCUUCGUUUGAUACUUGACGCAUAUUAUAAAAAAGCAGUAAUGUUGUUUCAGACACCAGUGUUAUUAAUAAUUGUUCCUUUAAUGGUAGAAGCCAGACUGACUAUAAAUAUAACAGUGGCGUCGCAUAAGAAGGACAUCAUUGUGAAGACAUCAGGUGCUGACUUGAAACUUAUAACAGACUUAGAGAUUCAAAUGUUUAAUUUUACUGACUUGAAUGUAAAUAGAGGAUUCCGAAUUGAACUUGGUAAAGUACCUGACAGUUAUUUUCUAAAAGAUCCUACGUUGUAUGAUGACUUAUUUAAACAGUUUGAAUGGGACCAAGUAAGAAGAAAAGUGUAUAUAAAAAAGAUUGAUGUUCAAGAAACCGUGUCCAGUGACGUUAUUCUGAAAGUGCAUAAAUUCAUUAAUAACUCCACAGCACCUACGCAUUUCAAUAUGAGCAGUUACGUCAAAGUGGAAAACGUUAUAUACUCAUCGUGGUCUAAAACGGGAGUACCUGACGAUGAUAUUUAUUAUGACCUUAUCAUCCACUUAAAUAAUAAUCAUUUUCAAUACGCCAAUAAAUGGAGAGAUUACCAAAUUAGAAGUAGAUAUCUAAAUGUUGGUCUGACUGAAAAAGGUCAGUUCGUAGUGGAUCCAUACACAUCUGUCACCAUGCGAUUAUCCGCACAUAAAACAAUUGUAUUAGUUAAAAUUGUGUACGCUGCACUUCUGACAGGCCAGGUCAUAGGUGAUUACGAAAGGUUAUAUGGGAAAUACCAUUUUUAUGCGCCGUCUGUGAAAAAUAUAAUGGAAGCUGCGAGUUUGAAGAAUGAAAUAAUUACGACAGAGCUUGUGGAGAUAAGAUGUUUUACGACGCCUAAGCUUGAUUUAUUUGAUGAAAAUGGCGGUAAAGUGAAUGUAGUGAGGCCGCCAGUAGCUUUGCGCACUAUAAAGAAAAGUCAUGUAUAAUUUAC